AUGUGCGGUGACUUGCGGAGAUCACUGUGUCCUGGUGCAAGCCUGACAGAGAAGGCGAGUCAAUCACAGGAUGAGAUCAAACAACCGGCUUCUGGUACGGAAGACAUCAUCACAGGUAGUGGUGGGCCGGAUAUACGGAUCACGGCUCCUUCUCAGUAUUCUCAGAAUACUCUUGUCUCUGUAGAUGACGGAACCCCUCCUUAUGAUUCACCAGUGGUAGAGGUGAAACUCAUAGAUAUUCCCCCUGUUCCCGAACCAAAGCUGCCUAUCUUACUACCUGACCCAGUCGACGAUGGAUUAUUCGAGAAGCGGUUCAGAAAUCAUUUCAAUUACAGGGAUUUUUCUGAUCGUCUGAACCUUCCCUUGUGGAGUCCAGGCAAUGUAGCCCUAGGUGAUGUUGGUUUCAUGAGGAAGGGUAAAUUCGUUCAUCUCGAUAACGCCAUCGGCUGUAAUGUCAUCGCUGGACCGAGAGUACUGCCAGGCAUGGUCACGGAAUAUAAUGUGAUACCGGUAACGGAAACAGCAGUCUACCCUAAGCUAGUGAGCGAUAAAGCCAAGGACUUCAAAGUUAGAAUCGUGUCGGCGUUCAAACCGAGAAGGAAGACGAUCACGAAGAUCAUAAGGAAGCAGAGCAUCGUCCCGUUAAAACCUGGUCAAAAAGCUGCUAAGUUGAUCAUCGAGGACGGCAAGAUACAUAUGAUAAGGAAUUACUCGAAGCUGAAGACAUACUUAAUCGAGAAUAUCGACGACAUUCUGAAAGAUGCGGCAGAAGAGGGAUAUGGGGAAGUGCAGAAGACCGAUAUUGUGAUGGUUGUCGGAGUUCUCACAGCCAGUAAUUAUGCAAUGGUUGUAUCUGACUAUGCACCAGGGACCACUUUUAUCUUCAACAUCAUCUCUCCUGCUCGUAAAUCAUCUGGGGAGCCGUGGGGUUUCUGGACAUUCGCUCAGGAUCCUAUUCAAAAUGCAGAUCCUCUACCCAGCAUUCAACUCGCUCCUUCAAUUUCCAGCUCGAAUAGUAGCGCAUCACCUAGUCCUCCUCCUAGCUUAGGAUCAAUUCCACCUUUACCUCCAGGUCUUCCUGUAAUAGAUAGACGAUUACCGGGCCUAGACGAUCAACCUCUUCAAUACUCGUACAAGACAAGUGAGCCCAAUGGAGGAAGACAUGCGGUCCAUCUGUCUGUUUUGAGGUUUUCACCAGAAGGUGAUCUCAGACCCUCCAGAGAUGUAGAUUGA